CUAUCCUACCAUGCACAGGCCACAACUUGUACAGUACAUAGUAAGGUUACUAAGAAUACUUCCGUACUCCUUGGGACAAUUUUAGGAUUUAUUGGUGUUUUCAGGAAUUCACUUUAUUUUGCAAAAACAUAACCUUUAUGUGAUGUUCAUGAAGGGAUCGAAUAUACAAUAUGUCCGAUCCUAGUAGUUCUAAAGCUUGGGAAGGCAACGAGGAAACUCAGAAUGAUCCUGAGGAGAAGAGAGUUCUUCAUCAAGCCCUGGAUUCUUUCUAGUAAGAUAUUUUUACUAUUUAAUGGCAACUCUUAGUCAGAGAAUUUGGAGAUCCAGUUGGAAUCAUAGUAUCACAUGAUCCACGGGAACAUCAAGCGAGUGCUGUUGUGCCAUGUUAGGGGAUCUACCAAGUGUUUUCCGAAAUGGAAUGAACAUAUCUGCACUCUUAUUCAAGGAAACAUACACACAUGCACACCUUUAUUAACCUACACACAGUCACUACCAAAAGACAGCUCAUUACAAUACUACUCAUCUAAGAAGACAAGCAUUCUACGCCUUACCCCGAGCCCACUGGGAACUCCUCGCAUCACCACCCAUUAACUACCUCGAUACCUUAAUAGCCGUCGAUGACGCUAUAGACCACAAUGCCGUACUGUCAGAAGCCAUCUUAACAGCCGCACUGUCAUCCUUCGACCUCUCCUAUCCCUCCUCAAACCUCAACCCUGACACUAAAUCACCAGAUGAUUUCCGUGGUACAGCCACCCCAGGUGAUCUCGAAAAAGCCCGCAGUACCCUCCGCCAAAUGUACCGAGACUGGUCAUCCGAAGGAGCUGCCGAACGCAAAGCAUCCUACGGGCCCGUGAUCCAAGCUCUCCAAGCCGAACAGGCCAAAUCCUCGCCCCUAAAUCGCAAUAUGCGAGUCCUCGUCCCUGGUGCAGGUCUCGGUCGUCUAGUAUUCGAUCUUUGUAUGCAAGGAUUCGACGUCGAAGGCAAUGAAAUUAGUUAUCAUCAACUUCUAGCCAGUGCAUAUAUUCUCAAUUUCUGUCCUGAGAAAGAAAACCACACUAUUUUCCCCUGGAUUCAUUCCUUCUCCAACCACAAAACUCGAAGUAAUCAUCUGAAAUCCGUCAAAAUCCCCGAUAUACACCCAGGGGACGAAUUGAACUCCAAUCCUCAAGCAGGAGAAAUGAGCAUGAGUGCAUCCGAUUUCCUCCUCUUAUAUGGCCACGAAGAACGUGCCUCAUCCUACGACGCAGUAGCUUCCGUCUUCUUCCUCGACACAGCGCCAAACAUAAUCCGCUAUCUAGAAGCUAUCCACAAUUGUCUCAAACCAGGUGGUCUACUCAUAAACAUGGGACCACUCCUCUGGCACUUUGAAAACAAUCCACCUGGUUCCUCAACACCCGCCUCUUCUAAACAAGACAGCAAUCAAACUAAAGAUCAAGGAAUAGCCGACCCCGGUAGUAUCGAACUCACAAACUCGGAAGUUCUUCUUUUGCUCCCGAAAUUGGGAUUUUCGAUCCUUACCUCAUCUACUGAUUUAUCCGCGCCUUAUAUUCAGGAUCCGGAUUCGAUGCUUCAAAAUACUUAUUCGGCUAGUUUUUGGGUAGCGAGGAAAUGUGAGAUUGAUGGGAAUCUUAACCGUGUACAUGGAGAUGGAAAGGAUUAAGAAUAUGAAGACUGACCAGUACACAUCGCUAUAAUAUAAGAAGAUGAAAUUGCAGGAGGUCAAUAAGAAUACUGGAUAUAGAUUGUAAAGCAUCAUAUAACCAAUGCGAAAAUUACAUACAGAUAGAAGAAGAUAAGAGAAUGCGCCAUGAUUGGUUUAUAGAUAUAGAGUUCUGGAGAUAUUAU